AUGCCGCCCGAGCAACCUACACAUACGCCGCCCGAGCAACCUACACAGACACCGCCCGGCCACCCGCCCGGAUGGCGCGGUCCGCCGCCGCCACGCUUCCGCGACCCGAGCUCGCCGCCGUCCGUCUUCCCCUUCGUCUUCUUCAUCGCCGUGGCUGCCUGGUUGCUCUUCGUCCUGCUGUCCAUGGCCACGCGGCGGGGACGACGCGACAAGGACGAUGACGAUGAGGGGGAGCCGGCGAACCACCGCUCAGGGCCGGCGUGGUACGUUCCGGGGCCGACCGAGACGACGCCACUAUACGGGGCCGCGCCGCCUCCGCCGCCGUAUGAUGACGGGCACCAUCAUCGUGCUGGUCCGCCAGCGCACGAUCCGCAUCCGCCAAUGCAUCAUCCUGCACCACCCGAUACAGCUCCGGAUCCGGGACACACUCACCAGUGA